UUAAGGGGCAGCCAGAAAACAACAAAAACGGAUGCUCCUUAUUUCGAGGUGACAGAGGGCCCUACAGACAACCACCUGGUGUAUUCACUAGGAAGGGCGGAUUUGGAGGUGACUUCAAAAGGAGUGGAGGGUGACAAGGUGAGGAAAGGGGCUGGCAGCUGGAACCCUGUGCUACUAGAUAUGAGGGUGACUUGGUGAAAAAGGGCAUUGUCCAGUCAGAGGGUCUGGGAACCCUUUCUCGCUGAACCCGUACAGCCUGAAUACUCCAAGACAUUUCUGGGGGGGAUUUCAGUGAAAAAAGUGGGAGAACCUCUCCAUUUAGAGGAGAGCAAAGGAAAAGCCACCAAGGUUGGGUUCCUCCCUGAUAUUGGCAGUGCCCCAGUAGGGGUGGAGUGAGCAAAUAUCCCCAAAGCUAAGGACUGACUCCCUUUAUAUUACAAGAGUGGACCUGGCGGAGGUGUCUGCGGAAAGAGUGGGAAGGUUCCUGGGGAUAUUGGUACCACAUCUUGGAACUGUCUGGGGUCUUGGCUUUGAGAUAGGCAAAGUGGGGACAGAGACAUUGGAGAGGAGGGAAGAGGGGCAUUUUCAGUUGGGGUCCUAAUUGGGGGGGAGGUAGGGUCAGUUCAAGUGUGCAUAGGCUACUGAGUCCAGCGAAGCUAGCACGGGGCCCAAGGUUGUGAGCGGCCUGCUGUGGGGGGGAGUCGGAGAGUCUGGGGCUUAUCCUCAGGUCCUGUGGGUGGGGCGGGAGUCGAGGCCUGAGCGUCAAGAGCAUGCCCUGGUGAGCGGGCUCCUCUGGGGGAGCCCGGCGCGCUCCGUGCGCCUGCUGGUUUGGGGGUGUCUCCUCCCGGGGCGCCAUGGCGGCGCUGGCCAGUAGCCUGAUCCGGCAGAAGCGGGAGGUCCGCGAGCCCGGGGGCAGCCGGCCGGUGUCGGCGCAGCGGCGCGUGUGCCCCCGCGGCACCAAGUCCCUCUGCCAGAAGCAGCUCCUCAUCCUGCUGUCCAAGGUGCGACUAUGCGGGGGGCGGCCCGCGCGGCCGGACCGCGGCCCGGAGCCUCAGCUCAAAGGCAUCGUCACCAAACUGUUCUGCCGCCAGGGUUUCUACCUCCAGGCGAAUCCCGAUGGGAGCAUCCAGGGCACCCCAGAGGACACCAGCUCCUUCACCCACUUCAACCUGAUUCCCGUGGGGCUUCGUGUGGUCACCAUCCAGAGCGCCAAGCUGGGUCACUACAUGGCCAUGAACGCAGAGGGGCUACUCUACAGUUCGCCACAUUUCACAGCUGAGUGUCGCUUUAAGGAGUGCGUCUUUGAGAAUUACUAUGUCCUCUACGCCUCUGCUCUCUACCGCCAACGCCGUUCUGGCCGGGCCUGGUACCUAGGCUUGGACAAGGAGGGUCGAGUCAUGAAGGGAAACCGAGUCAAAAAGACCAAGGCAGCCGCCCACUUUGUGCCCAAGCUCCUGGAGGUGGCCAUGUACCGGGAACCUUCUCUCCACAGUGUCCCGGACACCUCUCCUUCCAGUCCUCCUGCCCCCUGAAAUGUAGUCCCUGGACCAGAGGAGGCUCCCUGCACUUCCAGCGAGCCGACCACCACCACAGCCUGCCUCCCAGCCCUGCUCCUGGCCCUGCUCUCACCCUUGCUGCCACACACACACACACACACACACACACACACACACACCCCGAGCGGCCAGGUGCUCUACCCUG